AUGUCGAGCAUCUACAACUUCUUUGCUGGACCGGCCAUGACGAACGAAGGACCUGAACCGCCACUGCCACCGCCUGCACCUACCCCGAGUGGAUCGUCCGGGGCGACGGGGCAGUCGGGCUGGUCUUCGGCGACGUCGGUGGGGCCGCCGUCUUCGCUGCGUGGACGGACCUACAUCGUCACGGGUGCGUACGAUGUGAGGUGGAGUGAUGACCAGCUCACCCACGUGUGAGCUACUACUGCAGGGGCGGCGUCCGGAAUCGGGAGAGCAACAGCCAUCCAUCUUGCCUCGCUCGGCGCCCAUCUCGCGCUGACCGACAUCGACGCCGAGCUGGGCUCCGAGACGUGUCAGCUGAUCCAGGCUACGGGAAGCAAGAUCGACGUCGUUUUCGCGACCAUGGACGUCACGGGUGCGUCACCCGGUAUAUCUUGACCUCGCCGCUGACUGCUCUUGCCGAGCUUGGCCCGAUCAAAACUUGCCGAAAACUCACUCCCCGCCGAUCGCUCGUGGUGGAUCCGAGACAGAUCACGAGGCCGUCGUCAAGCUGGUGAGAAAGUUCUACGGCACCUUCAAGAGACUGGACGGGCUCGUCAACUGCGUUGGUACGUUAUCAACUGGCUCUCGACGCCCGAAAGUGCUCUGAUCGGACACUGAACCUCAAUUUGUGCCGUCUCAAUUUUCAGGCGUCCAACUGCCGUCGCCGCUGGCCCACGAAGCUCCGGCCGAUCUGAUGACCAAAAUGCUAGACAUCAACGUCAAGGGGGCCUACUCGUUUUGUCAAGCCUUCAUCGCGCCAAUCAUGCAACAGGGAGAAGACUGGCAGGCCCCCAUCGGGGGUUAUUCUAUCGUGUGAGCAAUGGAGGCGUUCGUUGCUCGGCUGUGGGGUCGUGCCUCGGUCAUACUGAAGUGUUGGACGUCUGUUGUUGAUUAAGAAAUGUCGGAUCGACGGCAAGUCUGCGGGGGACUGUCCAGUCCACGGCCUAUGUGAGCUCCCAGGCGCGAGGCUAACUCUUGCCCCUUGUGCUGACUUUCCUGGGACCCCCGCCCGGGCACUUUUACAGUGCGCCAGCAAGCACGCUCUGCUAGGCUUCUCCCGAUCACUCGCUCUCGAAUACGCGGCCUACAACAUCCGCACAAACGUCGUCGCACCUGGGUUCGUCUCGACGCCUUCGUUCCACGACCAUUUUUCUAGCGACAUCGUCGACCAGACCGAAGCCGAAGCCACCGCCUCGGUCCCGAUGAAGAGGAUCGCAGAAGCACGGGAGGUCGCCCACGUCAUUGCGUUCCUACUGAGCGUGGAGAGUAGCUACGUCACCGUACGUCUGAGCAGAACCGGGCGUCUCUGGCUGCACGUCCCGCGUCUUCUUCGAGCUAAGACGAAGUGUGCUCUCCGGUUCUUCCACAGGGAGCCGUCAUCCCCGUCGAUGGUGGUGCGUCGGUGUGAGCGGUCGCGAAUACAGCCCACGUACUUUUCUAUAUUCUUCCCGUACCCGCAAAUUUCUCUCGUACUGUAUGACACGUUGCAAUGAGUAGGCAAGCACGUAUUUGA